CAGGGCCAGGUUGAUUCCCAACAUCGUGGUGCUCAUCCAGAAAAUGUGGCGAGGCACCAUUUGCAGGAUGCGCUACAAGCGGAUCAAGGCGGCCCGCAGGAUCCUGCUGGCCUACCGCAAAUACCGGAUGCGCAAGUACGUGACCCAGGUGCUGACGGCGUUCCAGGGCGUCCGCCAGAUGCCGGACUUUGGGCGGCGGGUCCGCUGGCCAGUGCCGCCCAAGGUGCUGCGGACGGGCAUGGGCUACUUGCAGGCAGUGCACCGGCGCUGGUGGGCCUUCAUGGUGCUCAGGAGGGUGCCCAGGGACACCUGGCCCCAGCUGAGGACCAAGGUGAUGCACAGUUUGGGAAAUUUGCGGAAAGGGCCGUUGUGGUGACUGACAAGAUGCUUUACAAACUGGAACCGCCCAAGUUUAAGCCCAUGAAAGGAGGCAUUCCCUUGACCUCUGUAACCGCACUGUCUGUGAGCUCUGGCAAAGACCAAGUGAUUGCCAUUCACCUGUCAUCCGGAAAUGACCUGGUAUUUGCGCUGAUGUCCAAGAAUCCAGAGGUGGACAGAGUGGGAGAAUUAGUCGGAGUCCUGUGCCAACGAUUUCACAAGUGCGUCGUGGUGGAGACGGUGGCCAACAUCUCGGCCGCCAGCUUCCGCAAGGACAAGCACGGGUUCACCUACAGCUGGCCCCAGGCCUGGGACACCAGCACCGCCAACAACAAGCUCUUGGCCAGCAGCAACAACAACGCCUACGACGCCUACUCGCCGACGUCUUUCACCGCCUCGGACACAGCAGGAAUUUUGAGCAUGAAACUGGGGGGUUUUCAGUUUUGUGGCUUGGCCAUACUUGGUUUCCUGCUGGUGAAAACAAUGGUGCAGAAAUUCACUCAAAUAGGCACACAACUGAGAAAAGUGUCUCUAAUAUCAAGAGCAGAGGUAGAUGAAAACAUUGGCCAGCUCUUUGUGCAAAGGAUCCCCUUGGACCCUGAAGAUGACCAGAUGGAUGCAGUGGUGUGCAGAAACUAUGACUGGGAGUUGGACUUUCAGAAUUUCUCUGCAAAAUAUUCCCCAAGACCAGUUCCCAUGAAGUGUCCAGCAAAACCAAGACCUUGGAUCCAAGUGGAUGUUGACUGUCUGAGGAUCAAGAGUUGGGGACAAGAAAUUGGCUGCAAUUUCACAGGGGUGUUCCUUGGGGCACACAGGGAUGUGAGGGUGGACUCAGACACAGGCCCAGAGUUCCUGGUUCAUGCCAAUGCUGUGCCUUUCAACAUAGUCCUCAUUGUCCUGUCCUCCACGUCCAAGAAUGCCUUCCAGAGACAAAUGCCCAAGUCCUGGCACUACAUGACGGACACAGCAGGAAUUUUGAGCAUGAAACUGGGGGGUUUUCAGUUUUGUGGCUUGGCCAUACUUGGUUUCCUGCUGGUGAAAACAAUGGUGCAGAAAUUCACUCAAAUAGGCACACAACUGAGAAAAGUGUCUCUAAUAUCAAGAGCUGAGGUAGAUGAAAACAUUGGCCAGCUCUUUGUGCAAAGGAUCCCCUUGGACCCUGAAGAUGACCAGAUGGAUGCAGUGGUGUGCAGAAACUAUGACUGGGAGUUGGACUUUCAGAAUUUCUCUGCAAAAUAUUCCCCAAGACCAGUUCCCAUGAAGUGUCCUGCAAAACUAAGACCUUGGAUCCAGGUGGAUGUUGACUGUCUGAGGAUCAAGAGUUGGGGACAAGAAAUUGGCUGCAAUUUCACAGGGGUGUUCCUUGGGGCACACAGGGAUGUGAGGGUGGACUCAGACACCCCGGGUCUCAAGGACCAAGUACGGUUACGACACGGAAAGUUGUAUCAGGAG